AUGACGGGCGCGAAGCUGCAGGACGGCCAGGCCGACCUGCCCUCGACCGAGAGCACCCGCUCGUACUGGCACCGCGAGCCGUCCGAUGCGCUCCUGGGGCACCGGUCCACCAAGAACCUCCCGCCGACCGCGGACGUGGUCAUCGUCGGCAGCGGCAUCACGGGCGCCUUUGCGGCGAAGGAGCUCCUGGAGAGGCACGGCGGGGCGGGGAAGAAGGUGCUUUUGCUGGAGGCGAGGGAGGUCUGCUGGGGUGCCACAGGACGGAACGGCGGCCACUGCCAACCCGUACUCUACGGCCACACCUCAUCACCAACCGACGACACCGCCGUCACCGUCGCCGACUUUGAGCUCCGCACCUACACCUACCUCCGCGACCUCGUCGCCAAACACGCCAUCCCCUGCGACUGGGUCUCCCUCCGCGGCGUCCACGCCCUGCUCACCCCGGACCUGGUCUCCCAGGCCGCGGCCGCCGUCGCCCGGGUCCCCGCGCACCUCAGGGACGCCGUGAGCCUCGUCACGGACCGCGAGGACCUGCAGAAGCUGAGGGUGCCGAACGCCCUCGGCGCCGUGGUGCAGGAGAACGCGGCGAGCUGCUGGCCGUAUAAGCUCGUCGCGUGGGUCUUUGAGGACCUGGUCAGGCGGUUCGGGCCGGAGAGCGAAGGCGGAGGCGAGGGCUGGUUUAACCUGCAGACGAACACGCCCGUGACGAGGCUGCAGCGGCUGGAGAAGGGCUCCGCCGACGAGGAGGGCGAGGCGUCGUGGAUCGUCCACGCCGCCGGCGGCCGCGGACAGGUCGCGGCGAAGCAGGUCCUCCUCGCGUGCAACGGCCACACGAGCUGUCUCCUCCCGGCCUUCUCGGACCUGAUCGUGCCGGUGCGGGGCCAGGUCGCGGCUCUGGAGCCGGAGCCGAGGGCGGAGCUGGGGCGGAGCUACGUCUUCAUGGCGAGCUCCGAGGGAGAGAGGCCGAACCAGGACGAUUACCUCAUCCAGCGGCCCGGCCCCGGGCUCGAGAUGAUUCUCGGGGGCGGGAGGGCGAACGGUACGGCGAGGGGGGUGGGCUUCUCCGAUGACGACGAGGUCGAUCCCGUCGUCGCGAGGUAUCUGCGCCGCGCGGGGGCGAGGAAUGUGGAUUUGAGCGGGGAGGGUGCCGUCCAGGAGGCGGAGAGCGAGAAGGAGCUGAAGGCCAGGUACGAGUGGACGGGCAUCAUGGGCUUCUCGCGCGACGGACGGCCGUGGGUCGGGGAGGUGCCCGGGGGCGAGGUCCUCGGGGGCGGCGAGGGGUUGUGGGUUUGCGCGGGGUAUACGGGCCACGGGAUGCCGCAGGCCGCUCUCUGCGGGAGGGCCGUGGCGGGGAUGAUGGCGGGCGCCGGGGACGACGACGGGGUGCAGGUGCCUCGUGACUUUUUGGUCGGGGAGGCGAGGGCUAGGGCGGCCAAGCAGAAGCCCAGCAUCAAGGAGAUGGACGACCUGGACAUGUUUCUGCUGUAG